CUUACGUUUCCAAGUUUUUCUGGUUUCUUAUUCUUAGACUCUCGUGUGAGGUAUAUUACUUAUAAUUUUCUUAUACCGACGCAUUAACACUUACUGCACAUACAUAUAUGUACCAUGAAUACUGUGAAAGAGCGUCUAACAGAUCGGGAACAAGUGCCGUUCACUGUGGCGUGGACCAUUGAGAAUUUCAGUACAUACGAGGGACGAACGGGACUGAUGUACAGCGAUGGGAUUACCCUGGCGGAAAUGGGCUUUGACGGCAGUUAUCAGGGUCGCUGGCGUAUGGUUAUUGAUACUUGCCAUAAAUACAAGGAUCGCUAUACCAAGGAGGACGUGGAAUGCUGGGCGGCUUCCCUAUGCAUGACCGACACGAGUAUACACUCCAGACGUUACACUUGGCCGCACGUUUUGGACGCAACUUUCAAGAUAACGAUGACUACUGGAAGGACAACACAGACUCUUAUGAAGACAUACUGCUGGGAUGAGGCAGCCGGACAGACUUCCUCCUCGAGAUCUAGCAACGACUACAAGUGGAACAUUGUUCACAGCUAUGACGAACGAUGCUUUCGGUACCACAAGCGUACAAAAAUUGAGGACGAUUGUGUCACUUUCACCAUUACAGCGGUACUGCACCGCGAUUCACGACGCGUGCGAGUGGUGGAACCAGCUAUUCCGAGAGCACACGAAGAGUCUAAGUGUGUGUCCAAAUUCUUGCAUCGUCAGAUAGACGGUUACCGCUCCCAACAGCACCAAAAAACCGCCGAUUUCGUUAUUCGCUCACAAGAGGGCACCGAAUUCCAUGCUCAUCGCUAUCUCCUGAUGGCCCAGUCGCCGAUCUUUGCCGCUAUGCUGACGCACAAUUCCCGAGAGAAGCAGCGGUCCCGCUGUGAGCUGCAGGACGUAGAUGGCGAAACUGUGCAGCUGCUGCUGGAUUACGUGUACGGUUGCGACACUGGCAAAAUCACGAAGGACAACGCGGAGAAGGUGCUGAUUAUGGCGGAUAAAUAUGAAAUGAUGGAUCUGCGUGGGCUUUGCGAGCAGACGUUGGCGGACAGUAUUUCCGUGGAGAAAGCGUUCCCAUAUCUGGUUUUGUCGGUCCAGCGCGGACUAGAUGUUUUGAAAUCGGCGGCACUGCGCAUGAUGCCGAAAUAUCUGGAUGCAGUGCUGAAGGGGAAAGGACUGGAAGAGGUCAUGCAGUCCGAUCCCGAACUGAUCCAGGUCUUCAUGGAUUACUGCGCGAAAAAGCUUCCUCAAAUGUAGUUAUGAUUAGCCCGCAUUAUACCCUGCAGUGCCCUU